CUUGUGUGUAUUUUUUUCCGACAUUUCCUGAAAUAAAAGUAAAAUGGCGGACACAAAGGGAUCAGCUCUUAUCUUGUUAGCGGAAGGGGCCGAGGAAAUGGAAGCUGUUAUCGCUGCAGAUGUCCUUAGACGUGGAAACGUUAAGACAGUGAUAGGAGGUUUGAGAGGACCUGGUGAAGUGUUAUGUAGCAGACAUGUCAUCAUUAAACCUGACAUGGGUAUUGACACAGCCUUAAAACAGGGACCAUAUGAUGCUGUCAUCCUGCCAGGAGGAUUAGAAGGAGCUGAGAACUUGGCAAAGUCUGAAAAAGUUAAAGAAAUACUGACAGAGCAGUACAAUAGAGGUGGGAUAGUGGCAGCCAUUUGUGCAGGACCAACCGUUUUAGCACAGCAUGGUAUUGGGACAGGAAAGACUGCCACAUCCUAUCCAACUUUGAAAGACAAAAUGACAGGAUACAAGUACUCAGAGGAGCGUGUGGUGAAAGAUGAUAACUUGAUCACCAGUAGAGGGCCUGGUACUGCAUUUGAGUUUGGCAUUGAAUUAGUGCGAGCAGUGCGAGGCGAUGAUGGUGAAGCAGACAAACUUGCCUCACCAAUGUUGUUGAAGUAACUGUUACUGAUUCUGGGAGCAAAAAAACUUAAGGAUAUGAAAGAAAACUUAGUUUACUAUAAGGUAAUGGUCAUAAAUUAGUUGAAGGUUGGGAGAUGGUAGUGAACCGUCAAUCUCUCAUUCACUGCCUUACCCUUACCCUAGGUUUAACAUCUAUGAUGAUUUGAACCACAUCCUUUUUAUUUCUCCAACCAUCUCCAAAUUCUCUAUCCAUUCCAUUAUUCUCAUUCCAUUUCAUUUAUACCCAUUCUCUCAGAUAAUUUCAGUCUUGAAAUCUUGUUGCAAUAGCUUGUAUGGAAAUUCCAAGAGUAUAAGAACAGACAAGGAUUAAAAGCGAAGUAAAAACCAUUUUAGAUAUGUUCUAAAAACAGAAAUAAAAAUAAAGUAUUUUGUUGUUAUAA